AUGCAAUUCAUUGAGUUUGCUAAAGAAGAUCUAGUCCAUGGAAAAAUUAGACGCCCUUGUAAGAAUUGUAAGGUGGAGAAAUGGUUCCCGGUAAAUGUAGUAGAGGCACAUACUUUGUUUAAGGGGUUUUAUAAGUCGUAUAAGAAAAGGAUCUUUCACGGUAAAGAGGAUAUGAUUCAUCGUGUGGUUGGUAGUGAUGGAGGGAAUACUAGUGAAGGAUCCCUAAAUAAUGAAAGUGGGUUUGAUGAUGAGUGGAUUGAGGAGCCAGUGACCUAUGAAAGUGAUGCUGAAUAUGAUGAUUCUACGAAAGAGGAAGAGGCGAAGUAUAAGAAGUUACUUGAAGCUUCUGAGGAGAAAUUAUAUGAAGGGUGUACCAACUUUUCAAAGUUAUCUUUUCUUUUACACUUGUUUCACUUGAAGUGUAUGAAUCAUUGGUCCAUUGAAUCUUUCAACAUGCUGUUGAAGCUAAUUCUAGAUGCGUUUCCCCAAAUACUUGAUUUUCCCUCAUCCUUUUAUUACAGUAAGAAAAUGAUAAAAGACUUGGGUCUUGGGUAUGAAAAGAUUGAUGCUUGUCCGAAUAAUUGUAUGUUGUAUUUGGGUGAAUUUUUAGAGAAAGACAAGUGUCAUGUUUGUGGUACAUCGAGGUGGGCGAAAACUAAGGGUAAGGGUGGCAUUACAAGUGAUCCAGGUACGGAUACUCAUAAGAAGGGUGUGCCAGCUAAGGUAAUGCGAUAUUUCCCUCUUAUCCCGAGGCUAAAAAGAAUCUACAUGUCACCAGAAACAGCAGAAUAUAUGAGAUGGCAUGAUACAGAGCGAUUGGGUGAAGAUGAUAAGAAGAUUUUGAGGCAUCCUUCAGAUGCCUUAGCAUGGAAGGCAUUUGAUGAGCGUCAUAGAGAUUUUGCAUUCGACCCUCGUAGUGUUCGAUUAGGUUUUGCGAGUGAUGGGUUUAAUCCUUAUCGUUUAAUGAACACCACUUAUAGUACGUGGCCAGUGAUGUUGAUUCCUUAUAAUCUUCCACCAUGGUUAUGUAUGAAACCAUCUUCUUUCAUUUUUUCCACACUUAUUCCUGGAAAAGCAAGUCUUGGAAAUGAUAUUGAUGUGUAUUUGCAGCCAUUAGUGCAUGAAUUGAAAUUGUUGUGGACGGGGGUUGAAGCUUUUGAUGCUUUUGAAGGAAAGAAAUUUAAUUUGCACGCGGCUUUGCUUUGGACUAUUAAUGACUUUCCUGGCUAUGCAAUGCUCCCUGGUUUGAGCACAAAAGGUUACAGUGCAUGUCCUAUAUGCAUAGAUUCCACGCCUUCUGAUAGAUUUGGGAACAAGAUUUGUUAUUGUAGCUAUAGAAAAUGGUUACCUUCAGAUCACCCAUAUCGAAUUCAGGGUGACAAAUUUUGUGAGAAGUAUGGAACUAAUGAGUGGGGUAAAGCUCCAUCUCGUCCUAGCGGGACUGAUAUAUUGAGUGAACAAGAAAAGGUCGAGUAUGUUUAUGGAAAGUCGAAGGCACCACAGAAAAAGAGACAAAGAGGAGAUAAUGAUAACAAUGAUGUCCAACAUGAAAGUGCUUUUGGUACCAAGAGAAGCAUAUUCUUUGAUUUGGUGUAUUGGGAGCAUAAUAUUUUAAGGCAUAAUUUAGAUGUAAUGCACAUGGAGAAAAAUGUGUCUGAGAAUAUUUUGGGAACUCUUCUUAGUAUGGAUAAGAGUAGAGAUAGUAGGGAUGAUCGAAAAGCUCUUGAAAAUGGAGAAUAA